AUGAAGGCAGUCAGCGGGUUGUUGUACGUUACUCUCAUCCUUCUACCUACUUCAAACAGUCAGUCACCAGCAGAAAACGACUCUUAUACGGAGUGCACAGAUGGCUAUGAGUGGGAUGCGCAGACCCAGCACUGUAAAGAUAUAAACGAAUGUGAGACGAUCACUGAGGCGUGUCAGGGAGAGAUGAAAUGCUUUAAUCAUUACGGGGGUUACAUGUGUCUGCCUCGCUCCGCUUUUGUCAUCACCGCCCCUGAACCUGUCAGCCAAUCAGAGUUGAGUCUGCCUUCUGUGGAAACCAGUGAUACGUUCAAUCCCUGUCCUGUGGGCUACGAGGCCCAGGGCGAGAGCUGUGUAGAUGUAGAUGAAUGUGAACUGGGCCUGCAUAACUGUCAGCCCAGUCAGGAGUGCAUUAACACAGUGGGUACCUUCACCUGCCAGUGUCCAGAUGGCUACAGCAAGAUUGGCGUGGAGUGUGUUGACAUUGAUGAGUGCAGGUAUCGUUACUGCCAGCAUCGCUGCAUCAACGUGCCUGGAUCGUUCCGCUGCACAUGUGAUCCGGGCUUCCAGGUGGCGGGAAACAACCGAUCAUGUGUUGAUGUAAAUGAGUGUGAAAUGGGAGCUCCAUGUCAGCAGAGGUGCUAUAACACUUACGGGACGUUUCUGUGUCACUGCGAGCAGGGCUACGACCUCAGUCCAGAUGGUUUCACAUGCAACGACAUUGAUGAAUGCAGCUACUCCAGCUUCCUCUGCCAGUUCAGAUGUGUGAACGAACCAGGCAAAUUCUCCUGUAUGUGUCCAGAAGGCUACCAGCUCCAGGCAUCACGCCUCUGCCAGGAUGUGAACGAGUGUGAGUCAGGCAGCCAUCAGUGUGUGGAGGGACAGACCUGUGUGAAUAUCCAUGGAGGGCACAAGUGUGUGGACUCAAACCGCUGCCAAAGUCCCUACAUCCAAGUUGCAGAAAAUCGCUGUGUGUGCCCUGUGGGAAAGCCAGAAUGUCGAAAUCUGCCGUUCUCCAUUGUGCAUCGCUACAUGAGCAUCACCUCCGAGCGUACUGUGCCCUCUGAUAUCUUUCAGAUUCAGGCUACUAGUGUCUAUCCUGGUGCUUAUAACACCUUUCACAUCCAGUCCGGGGACGAUGGGCGAGAUUUCUACAUCCGGCAAAUAAACAACGUCAAUGCCAUGCUGGUGCUGGCCAAGGCGGUGAGUGGACCGAAAGAUUAUGUCCUGGACCUAGAGAUGGUAUCAGUCAACCCACUUAUGAGCUACCAGAGCAGCUCCACCCUGCGCCUCUCUAUCUACGUAGGACCUUAUGCUUUCUAG